UGCAUCACCAGUCUUAAAAGGCUACGGCAGCCACUCCUAGCACCAGUUGCUGACCUGCCUGCCCACUUGCCUCCCUGCCUGCGUCUGGCUGCCUUGAAUGCCUGGAUCUUCAAGCUCCUUGUGGGUCUGACAAAGCAGGGACCAUGUCUACCUUUGGCUACAGAAGAGGACUUAGUAAAUAUGAAUCCAUAGACGAGGAUGAACUCCUGGCUUCCCUGACAGCUGAGGAGCUGAAGGAGCUGGAGAGGGAGCUGGACGACAUUGAACCUGAUCGCAACCUUCCUGUGGGGCUAAGGCAGAAGAGUCUGACGGAGAAAACUCCCACAGGGACGUUCAGCAGAGAGGCGCUGAUGGCCUAUUGGGAGAAGGAGUCUCAGAAACUCUUGGAGAAGGAGAGGCUGGGGGAGUGUGGAAAGGUUGCAGAAGAAGACAAAGAGGAGAGUGAGGAGGAGCUUAUCUUCACUGAGAGUAACAGUGAAGUUUCUGAAGAGGUGUACACUGAAGAGGAAGAGGAGCAGGAGGAGUCCCAGGAGGAAGAAGACAGUGAGGAAGAGGACAGUGAGGAAGAAGAAGGAGCAAUCGAAACUGCAAAAGGUAUCAAUGGAACUGUCAAUUGUGAUGGUGUCUGCGCUGACAAUGCUAAGCCAAAGAUAUUUAAAAGUCAAAUAGAAAACAUCAACCUGACCAAUGGCAACAGUGGAAGGAGGGCAGAGUCGCCGGCUGCCACACACCCUAGUGGACGGAGGACAGAGUCGCCGGCUGCCAUACACCCUAGUGGAAAUCCUACAGUCAUCGAAGAUGCUUUGGAAAAGAUUAAAAACAACGACCCCGACACCGUCGAAGUGAACUUGAACAAUAUAGAGAACAUCACAACGCAAACCCUCACCCGCUUUGCUGAAGCCCUCAAGGACAACACGGUGGUGAAAACAUUCAGUCUGGCCAACACGCACGCGGACGACAGCGCAGCAAUAGCCAUUGCGGAAAUGCUCAAAGUCAAUGAGCACAUCACCAACGUCAACGUCGAGUCCAACUUCAUAACGGGAAAGGGCAUCCUGGCCAUCAUGAGAGCGCUGCAGCACAACACGGUGCUCACGGAGCUGCGCUUCCACAAUCAGAGGCACAUCAUGGGCAGCCAGGUGGAGAUGGAGAUCGUCAAGCUGCUGAAAGAGAACACGACGCUGCUGCGGCUGGGGUACCACUUCGAGCUCCCCGGACCAAGAAUGAGCAUGACGAGCAUUCUGACGAGAAACAUGGAUAAGCAGAGGCAAAAGCGGAUGCAAGAGCAGAAGCAGCAAGAAGGGUCUGAUGGAGGAGCCAAUCUUAGGACCAAAGUCUGGCAAAGAGGAACGCCUGGCUCCUCCCCAUAUGCCUCUCCCAGGCACUCGCCCUGGUCAUCCCCCAAACUCCCCAAGAAAGUCCAGACAGGGAGGGGCCGGCCUCCAUCUCCUGUGGCCACACCCCCUCCUCCUCCUCCACCCCCUCCCCCACAGAGGCUGCCACCUCCUCCUCCACCCCCGCCCCCUCCUCCUCCUCCAGAGAAAAAGCUCAUCACUAGAAACAUUGCAGAGGUCAUCAAACAGCAAGAGAGUGCCCAAAGGGCAUUACAAAAUGGACAGAAAAAGAAAAAAGGGAAAAAGGUCAAGAAACAGCCGAACAAUAUCCUAAAGGAAAUAAAGAAUUCUCUGAGGUCCGUGCAAGAGAAGAAAAUGGAAGACAGUUCCCGACCUUCUACCCCGCAGAGAUCAGCUCAUGAGAAUCUCAUGGAAGCAAUUAGAGGAAGCAGCAUAAGACAGCUAAGGCGGGUGGAAGUUCCAGAAGCUCUACGAUAAAUGCAGGAUCUGUGGAAGAGGAUGCAGAACUGUUUUUGGUGGCAUCAAAUAAAACGCAUUGUGAGAUGUUUCUAAGAUAGCUUCUUCAAUUUGAAGUGUUCCUCGACUUUACAAAGAAUUUUAAGAAACAAUCAGCAUGUUUCUUCUGUAAAUAUGAAAAUAAACUUUUUUUAUUUUACAAGAUUUGUAUUGGCAAGAAGCAGUUAAAGAUGCUCUUCAUAUCUCUGAAUGUGUUGGGAACUCUGAGCUGUAACAAGGUAAUGAAAUGUGCUGUUAUUUUUAUAAUCCCAAUAAAUUUAGAUUGAGGGUUUUUUCCUUUUUUUAAAGCUAAACUAAUAUUUUCCUGUGCAUUUAUACACCUGUCAGGAAUGUAUGCAACCUUGCAGAUUAUUAAAAAUAUUACAUUCUCACCCAGAAAGAAUUUGGGUCCUUAGCAUUUGCCUUUCUUUGUGUCUUCAUGUACAAAAAAUCUGAUCAGAUUUCUUUCUAAAGGACUGGUAUAAAGAACGUCCUUAAAAUAUUCUUUUGGUAAUAACAGGCUGAGGAAAGAACCUCCAGUGUGGCUGUUACCAUUCUGGAUUCAUUGACGUUGGACCCAGAUGAAAAGCUGAUGCCCCCCCCCCCAUUUCCAGAAGGCUGACAGGGGUCCAGAAGUCAAUUCAUUCAUUGAUUAUUAAAAUCAACUACUUAUGGAAAGAAAAAAAGUUGGAAAUUAGGAAUUUUCUUGAGAGAGAGGAAAUCCGUGCUGGAAGAAUGACAGGAAGAUAAACUCUCUAAAUCCAGAGUUACCUUGUAGCAGAUGAUGGAGAUGUACUCUGAAGUCUACCCUUGAAGUCUGCUGGGACAAGCCUUAGCCCAGUGGAUCUCAGCCAUUUUUUUAAGUCCCAUACACAUCGUGGUGAUGCCAACCUCCACAAACUCACCUUAAGGUGAUUCCCAGCAAUCAUUCCACUCUAUCCUCUGUCACUCAAGAAGUGUUAAAGUCCAAUGAGAGAAAGACCUGUGGGACAGUACCUUUACUCCAUUCUAGUGCUCCAUGCUCAAUUACAAAAGCUAUAAAUCUUCUGUAAAGUCCUUUGUAUUAACUGUGAUUAGUGAUGUAUCCUUUGUAUCCUGCAGAUUAGAGCAAUGGUCUUGGCAGGCUCCCUGGGCCGCCCAUUCGACAAUUGUUUGCAUUGUGUGAAGAGCUUUGGAUUUUCUCCAAUUAAGAGGAUUGUGCUUCACUAGAAAUUUCUCCAAUCGUUCUUGGAUCCAUUUAUUUUUGUCUGUUUCUAUGGUUGAGCCAUUCUCUUUAUCAGUAAUAAUAACUACUGAUAUAGCCACUUAAAGAGUUCCGGAGGUCCAGGAGCUGUCAGUGACCUGGCUUGGUGUGAGGGGGCUGGCAGGUGACUGACAGUUUCUGAACCAAGUUAGCUACUGCACUUUUCCUAACGACAUUAAAUAGAUGAGGAAACUGAGGUGCAGAAAUGUUAAUUUUGCAGUGAGUUGAAUGUGGGUGUCUCUGACUCUAAAACCCAUGCCCCUUCUGCAUCACUGCACCUUGCUGCUUCCAUCCAGACUCAAAUCUCCAACCACCACCCCACCACCACCACUGUUAAAACAGCAGUGGGGAUUCUCUUUCCUUUUGGAGUGAAUUCUGUUUCUAUUAGUAUUGGCAGUUUGUUAAGGAAGUAAAACCUACAGUUUAGGUUUUUUAAAAGGGGUGUGUGUGUGUGAAUUUAGAACAGAAACCCAGACAGACCAUACUUUACCCUGAUUCCUCCUUGUGUGCAAGCAAACUGAAGGGGAGGAA